UCGGAGCCCCCCUCCGCGAACCUAGGCCCUUGCACCCCCGGCCCCCGCGGGCUCGCCGCAGUCGGCAGCGGGGGCGGGAAUGGUGAACUUGGCGUCUAUGGUGUGGAGGAGGCUCCUGAGGAAGCGCUGGGUGCUCGGCUUGGUCUUCGGGCUGUCCCUCAUCUACUUCCUCACCAGCACCUUCAAACAGGAGGAGAGGGCGGUGAGAGACCGGAAUCUCCUCCAGGUUCAAGACCGCGAACAGCCCAUCCCGUGGAAAGUGCAGUUUAACCUGGGCAACAGCAGCCGUCCGAGCAACCAGUGUCGGAACUCCAUUCAAGGGAAGCUUCUCAUCACGGAUGAGCUAGGUUACGUCUGCGAAAGGAAGGACCUGCUCGUGAAUGGCUGUUGUAACGUCAAUGCCGCCAGCGCCAGGCGCUUCUGUUGUGAUGGCUGCUUGUCCAAUGGAUGCUGUGGCGCCUAUGAAUACUGCGUCUCCUGCUGCCUGCAGCCCAGCAAGCAAUUACUCCUAGAAAGGUUCCUCAACCAGGCUGCAGCGGCAUUCCAGAAUCUCUUCAUGGCUGUGGAAGAUCACUUUGAGCUGUGUCUGGCCAAAUGCAGGACUUCAUCUCAGAGUGUGCAGCAUGAGAACACCUACAGGGACCCCAUCGCAAAAUAUUGCUAUGGAGAGAACCCACCAGAGCUCUUCCCUGCAUGAUGGGGAGCCGGGGUACAAAAUUGCACCCAUGAGGCCAGAAUUUGGAGAAGGAAGAGUGUACCUGAAGACCUCAGCCUACUCUUGGGGGAGUGGUGAUGGUGGGGGGGGGUAUCUCUUCAGACUCAAAAUGAGCCCAUGGGUUAGAAGACUUACCCCUCCAGUGGGUGCUGGACCUCUGCCUGCCCCAGUGUGAGCUGGAGCAUGGUGCUGAAAGGGACCAUGAGGAACCUGGAACCCCUCCUUGGCUGCCCACCCUUCUCCCUGCGCUGAGCACCUUGGCCCUGCUGGGCAGACAAGUUCUCUCAAGCCGCAGCUCAGAUCGGUAUCCAGCCGGGUGGUUGGAACACCUCCAACAGAGCCGACAUCCUCCCUGGCCUCCCCUCCUUCCUCCAUUCACACAAAAGAGAACUGGGAGUUGUGCCCCUUUGGUUAGGCUUUGGGGUUCAAUAUUCCACUAGUGGCCGGAGCGCCAACUUUGUAUAUAACUGUAAAUUAUUUAUUGGACUGAUGUGAGAGAGUAGAAAAGAGGAGUAUUUCCUGCCGCCAAAACCUGUUGCCUUUCAGCUUCUAGUUAGAUGUGUCCCAGAGCAAAAGAUUAGAUUUCUGCUGAUUCCUUGUGUUAACAUGUUUUGUGAGUUAAAAGGAUCUAUUUGUAUACAUCAAAUCGUUUUUCUCUCAGGCCCAGACUUCUCCCACCAGGGCUCCAGUUUUUCAUCCAGUGAAAUGUCUUCAUGCCUAACACUUUUCGAUGUCGGUGAUGCCCUGUUAUCUUCAGCCUAAUGUACAAAAGAAUUCAAUACCUCCCAAGAGACUUGACUGCCCAAACCUCCAGCAGGCCGGCUGGUCUACCUUAGGUGUUGGCUCAUUCAGUGGCAUUCGAGAGGACGAUUUUACCCCAGGUCUCAUGCUGGAAUCUUCCUAGUUUCCGGUUCUCCACGACCAUGUUUUUGGUUGCUCCUUUGGGGGCAGCCUCGGGAAAAUCAGCCCCAUUUCUGUUAGGCGGGAUGGAAAUGGUGGGGACGUCCUUGCGGUGUGUGCCUGGCAGACCUGUGUCUCCCUCCGGCUGCAUCAGUGUCCCCGGCCCCUGCACUGAGCUCCAAACAGCUCCCAGCUUUGAGGGCCUCGGUCUGGUUUUAUGUACUAGCGCUAAGGGAUCUGUCACGGCAGGGAGUGUUUGCCUCUCUGCCGGCCGGUUGGUGUGUUGUGGUCCCCGGGAUAGUAAGAGUGACUCAGCCCUUUGACCUGAUGAAGCAUGGCCAUGUGAUUGUUUGUGAGGCAGGUGAAAGAGCGCUGGUCUGGGAGUCGCAGGACCCGAGGUGGAGUGUUCAGGACUCCACUUGCUUGAUAGGUGAUCUUUGGUAAAGUUUGCUCUAAUGUAAAAUGGCAGGGGUUGGGUUGAGUGAUCUGUACAGUUCCUUUUAAGCUUGAUUCUGUUUUAGCUCCCUGUCCCUCACAGCCAACCCCGCUCUUCUCCGUUCUGAUGCUUUCUUAAUCUGUCAUUCUGUGUGCCAGGAGCUCCUCUGCCCCGGCUUUGCUCUUUGCUCCAAGUGCUAAGCC